AUGGAGGGUCAUGCUUAUGACCGAUUUGGGGAUGGGGAGAGGGACAACUACCAGAUUGACUACAGGAGGAUUGUAGGGGACAUGGAACCAGCACGGCCUCGCACCUCAAACAAAGAGGGGGAACAACCCCACCCCUGUGGUGCCUAUGUCCACUCAACGCCACAUGGACAUGGGCAUGAGACAGCAGCACAGCGAUACAGUGCUACACGUAUCCAAGCCGGAUACGAACCAGAGAGCAUGGCGGACUACUUGAUCAGUGGAGGCACAGGUUACGUCCCUGAAGAUGGAUUAACAGCACAACAGCUCUUUGCUAUUGGCGAUGGACUUACAUACAAUGACUUCUUGAUCCUCCCUGGUUUCAUAGAUUUUACUUCUGAUGAGGUGGAUCUAACUUCUGCAUUGACAAGGAAGAUAACCCUGAAGACACCUCUUAUUUCAUCUCCCAUGGAUACAGUCACAGAGUCAUCCAUGGCCAUCGCUAUGGCAUUGAUGGGUGGGAUUGGAAUAAUUCAUCAUAACUGUACAGCUGAGUUCCAGGCCAAUGAGGUGCGCAAAGUCAAGAAAUUUGAGCAGGGUUUUAUCACAGACCCUGUGGUAAUGAGUCCCCGACACACAGUGGGGGAUGUGUUUGAGGCCAAGAUACGCCAUGGUUUCUCUGGGAUCCCUGUUACAGAGACCGGCAAAAUGGGAAGCAAGCUGGUCGGCAUAGUCACCUCCAGGGACAUAGACUUUCUGUCUGAGAAGGACCAUGACAGACCCCUGGAGGAGGCAAUGACAAAAAGGGAAGAUUUAGUUGUUGCACCUGCUGGAGUCACACUAAAAGAGGCUAAUGAUAUACUGCAACGUAGCAAAAAAGGUAAAUCUGUGAAGAUGUGCUCUAGAGCAAGUGCAACCCUUGGGCUGUUUUCUUCCUUCUUUCACUCAUUUUACACCCUUACUCUCUUAGGCAAGCUCCCCAUCGUGAAUGACAGUGAUGAGCUGGUUGCCAUCAUUGCUAGGACUGACUUGAAGAAGAACAGAGAUUAUCCUCUGGCUUCCAAAGAUUCCCGUAAACAGCUGCUGUGUGGAGCUGCGAUUGGUACCAGGGAGGACGACAAAUACAGACUGGAUCUCCUCAUGCAGGCUGGCGUGGAUGUGGUAGUCCUGGACUCCUCCCAAGGAAACUCAUUGUAUCAAAUUAACAUGAUAAACUACAUCAAACAGAAAUACCCUGAACUUCAGGUGGUUGGAGGAAAUGUGGUGACAGCUGCUCAGGCUAAAAACCUCAUAGAUGCAGGCGUGGAUGCUCUGAGGGUGGGCAUGGGGUGUGGCUCUAUCUGUAUCACCCAAGAAGUAAUGGCAUGUGGACGGCCCCAAGGUACAUCGGUAUACAAGGUUGCAGAGUAUGCCCGACGUUUUGGAGUGCCAGUAAUUGCUGACGGAGGCAUUCAGACUGUUGGACAUGUGGUGAAAGCUCUGGCCCUGGGAGCAUCUACAGUGAUGAUGGGGUCAUUGCUCGCAGCAACUACCGAAGCUCCAGGAGAAUAUUUCUUUUCAGAUGGUGUGCGUCUGAAAAAGUAUAGAGGAAUGGGCUCCUUGGAUGCCAUGGAGAAAAACAACAGCCAGAAACGCUACUUCAGUGAGGGAGAUAAGGUGAAGGUGGCACAAGGUGUCUCAGGAUCAGUACAAGAUAAAGGCUCCAUCCAUAAGUUUGUUCCUUACCUCAUUGCGGGGAUCCAACAUGGCUGUCAGGACAUAGGAGCCAAGAGUUUGUCCAUUUUACGGUCGAUGAUGUACUCUGGAGAGUUGAAGUUUGAGAAGAGAACCAUGUCUGCUCAGAUGGAGGGGGGAGUUCAUGGCCUCCACUCUUACGAGAAGCGGCUUUACUGAGGCAGGAGGAAGAGGAAACACUCGAUCAGGACCUAACGUCCCAACCCCAGCAGCUAUGAGCAGAUGCAGCGGGCGCGUGUGAUCAAACUACAAACACAAAAGCUCUCAUUGCUGUACAACAUCCAUACUUCAAAAUCUGACACUGCUUUUCUAUGUCCUCCUCUCUUUUUCUCGUCUGUCAGUCCCAUCUCUGACCCCUUCAAGGAUAGACAACACAGUAGACC